AUGGCCGAUCCCGGUGGUGAAGCAUCGACCAGUCUUCAGCAUCCGUCCCUCUUGCAAUGCGUAUCCCCUGCGAUGAGCAGUGGAGAGGUUGUGGUCUGGGCAGUGGGCAAACACGUAUUUAGAUAUGCUACCAAUACCCGACGUGGUAAGAUGGUUGAUGGAGAGCACACUGAUACCGUAAGGGCUAUUGCGCAUUCUAAUAGAGGAUUGUGGUCUACUGCGGGAGAUGACAAACAGGUGAUUCUCUGGGACGAAGGCUUCGAACAUGUCCUGGCUCGGUACACUCAUCGUAAGAAGAUAACAACAGCAGUGUUCGAUCCUGAUGGUCGACUGAUUAUUGGUGAUAAAUAUGGCGAAGUGUGGAGGCUCACACCAGUAGAGACCACUAGCCAGAUUGGAGAGCCACGACACAUCGAGUUCGCCCAGGCCCCGCCUAACUCGAUGGAACCAGAGGCUCAGGGGUGUGCUGAACUACUCUUUGGUCACCUUGCUGUAGUGACUGCUAUGGAAUGCAUUCAGACCCAUGGGUAUCUGUUCACCGCUGAUCGCGACGAGAAAAUACGUAUGUCGUUGUAUCCGUCUUACCAAGUCAUACACGCCUUUAUGUUGGGCCACACUGAAUACGUCUCUGCCCUGCAUUACAGUCCUCAAUACGAGCAGGUGAUCUCGACCUCUGCGGAUGGUACCAUUAGGAGGUGGUCGCUCUCUACAGGGCAACAGGUUGGAGCAGCCUUCCAUGUUGAUCCUACUAGCAAGCGUGCGGUAAUAGCUUGCUCUGCUUAUGACUAUACCUGCGAUAAGAUAUACUAUGUUUGCGAGAAUAGUCCCACCGUUGUGGUCACACUAGGUCUCCCUGGUGCCCCUGAGACGGGAGCUGAGAUUACAAUAGAAGCACUGGUUGCCUCUUCCAAGCUACUAGUGGCCGCAUACUCUUUCAGCCUGAUGCCACUCUACUUGUUGGGGAUACUUCUACAGAGUCUAUGGUAA